AUGAACUUUGAUUACCUGAAGACCCGCUACAGCUCUCGUAACCGUGUCUUGACCACUCCUCCGCAGAACACCCAGCCAAUCCCGGUGGGUCGCAAGGUGCAGAUUCAGAAAACCACGAAAGCUCCGGAAGUCAAAGUUUUUGAUCCACCGGUCAAUAUUCAAUCUUCAUCCAGUUUCGGACCCAUGCGGAUGCAGCCUAAGAUCCCAGAGAGUUUCACAGUGAAGCCUCGAAGUUUUGAGAUGUCUAAAACAAAUGGGGUAAAUUUGAAGGGACAGAGCGCGUUCAAUGAGCCCAAGUUGAGCGAUUUUCAGAUCAGAGUCGGAAAUAGGACAUUCUACGUGAGUUUUUUUCCAUUUUUUUUGAAGUCUAGGAAGGCAAGGGAACGAUUUGUUAACGUUGUACUAGGUGGACUAAUGUCAGGCGCGGGAAUUGUCGUUAUUUUUCGCCGUUUUUGGUGCCCGGUCACCGUAACAGGGGUGUGGAGUCAUGAUGCAACUGUCUGACCUCAUUGGUCUUGCUUUUAAUUUUAUUAUUCACAAAUUUAUAUUAUUUUAGGUAUCGAAGAUGGUUUUGGCCGCCAACUCCGAAGUUUUCCAUCGCAUGUUUAUGACGGAUUGCAGUGAGGUCGACACCGGUUUUAUGGUGAUGGAAGGUGUUGAUCCCGCGCCGGUUGAAGCCAUGUUGCAGUACAUGUUUCACAAGAAGUCGGUUGAUGAUGAUCUGGCCAGAGAAGUGAUAAUUUUGGCCGAUAAAUAUCAAGUCCCUGAUCUGAAGACUCAAUGUGAGAUCAAGUUGGGGUCCACACUGUCUCUGGAUGUUUUGGAGGAUCGAAUUGCCUUGGCCUAUCAACUGUUAUGCUCCAAUCUUCUCAAGAAAUGUCUCAAAUUUGGCGCCGAGCACUUUGAUGGCUUCUAA